CCCGCCCGCUCGCCCCCGGCCCCGGCUCCGGCUCCUCCUCCUCCUCUUCUCGCCAUUGCAGUUGGACUCAGCAGCCCGGUGCGCACCGCGUGGCUUUUGGGGCGAGACCCCGGCGGGAUCUGGCAGGAGGGCGGCGGCUGCGGUCGGAGAAGGGGACGCGGACAAGAUAGUUGAAGUAUUGAUAACACCAAGGAAAUCUGUCACAAUUUGAAAAGAUAAGGAAAAAUUUGAUUUCCAGACACUACAGGAAAAGAAGUAAAAAUGCGUCCAGUGAGAAUUUUUGUGAAUGAUGAUCGCCAUGUGAUGGCAAAGCAUUCUUCCGUUUAUCCGACACAAGAGGAGCUGGAGGCAGUCCAGAACAUGGUGUCUCACACGGAGCGGGCUCUCAAGGCUGUGUCCGACUGGAUUGAUGAGCAGGAGAAAGGUAGCGGCGAUCACGCCGAGUCUGAGAAUGUGGAUGUGCCCCCAGAGGACGAGACCAAAGAAGGGGCCGGGGAGCAGAAGGCAGAGCAUGUGACUAGAACCCUGAGGGGCGUGAUGCGUGUUGGCCUCGUGGCAAAGGGCCUGCUGCUCAAGGGUGACCUGGACCUGGAGCUGGUGCUGCUGUGUAAGGAGAAGCCCACGACCGCCCUCCUGGACAAGGUGGCUGACAACCUGGCCAUCCAGCUCGCUGCUGUUACAGAUGACAAGUACGAAAUACUCCAAUCUGUCGACGAUGCCGCGAUUGUGAUAAAAAACACAAAAGAGCCUCCAUUGUCCCUGACCAUCCACCUGACAUCCCCUGUUGUCAGAGAAGAAAUGGAGAAAGUAUUAGCUGGAGAAACGCUAUCAGUCAACGAUCCCCCGGACGUUCUGGACAGGCAGAAAUGCCUUGCUGCCUUGGCGUCCCUCCGACACGCCAAGUGGUUCCAGGCCAGAGCCAAUGGGCUGAAGUCGUGUGUCAUUGUCAUCCGGGUCCUGAGGGACCUGUGCACCCGCGUUCCCACCUGGGGUCCCCUCAGAGGAUGGCCCCUCGAGCUUCUCUGUGAGAAGUCCAUCGGCACAGCCAACAGACCAAUGGGUGCUGGCGAGGCCCUGCGGAGAGUGCUGGAGUGCCUGGCUUCAGGCAUCGUGAUGCCAGAUGGUUCUGGCAUUUAUGACCCUUGUGAAAAAGAAGCCACUGAUGCUAUUGGGCAUCUAGACAGACAGCAACGGGAAGAUAUCACACAGAGUGCGCAGCAUGCUCUGCGACUUGCUGCGUUUGGCCAGCUCCAUAAGGUCCUGGGUAUGGACCCCUUGCCUUCGAAGAUGCCCAAGAAACCAAAGAAUGAAAACCCAGUGGACUACACAGUUCAAAUACCCCCCAGUACCACCUACGCCAUUACGCCCAUGAAACGCCCAAUGGAGGAAGAUGGGGAGGAAAAGUCUCCCAGCAAAAAGAAGAAGAAGAUUCAGAAGAAAGAGGAGAAAGCAGAGCCUCCCCAAGCGAUGAAUGCCCUGAUGAGACUGAACCAGCUCAAGCCGGGGCUGCAGUACAAACUGGUUUCCCAGACCGGUCCAGUUCACGCCCCCAUCUUCACCAUGUCUGUGGAGGUAGACGGCAACUCAUUCGAGGCCUCUGGGCCCUCCAAAAAGACUGCCAAGUUGCACGUGGCCGUUAAGGUGUUACAGGACAUGGGCUUGCCCACGGGUGCCGAAGGCAGAGACUCCAGCAAGGGGGAAGACUCAGCUGAGGAGACAGAGGCGAAGCCAGCCGUGGUGGCCCCUCCACCUGUGGUGGAAGCUGUCUCGACCCCCAGCGCUGCCUUUCCCUCAGAUCCCACUGCCGAGAACGUAAAACAGCAGGGGCCGAUCCUGACCAAGCAUGGCAAGAACCCUGUUAUGGAACUUAAUGAGAAGAGGCGUGGCCUCAAGUAUGAGCUCAUCUCAGAGACAGGGGGCAGCCAUGACAAGCGCUUCGUCAUGGAGGUCGAGGUGGAUGGACAGAAGUUUCAAGGCGCUGGCUCAAACAAAAAGGUGGCCAAAGCAUAUGCCGCCCUUGCUGCGCUAGAAAAACUGUUCCCCGAUGCCCCUCUAGCCCUUGAGGCCAACAAGAAGAAGAGAGCCCCCGUGCCUGUGAGAGGUGGACCGAAAUUUGCUGCUAAGCCACAUAACCCUGGGUUCGGCAUGGGGGGUCCCAUGCACAACGAAGUGCCCCCGCCCCCCAAUCUCCGAGGACGGGGAAGAGGAGGGAACAUCCGAGGUCGAGGGAGAGGGAGAGGCUUUGGUGGCGCCAACCAUGGAGGCUACAUGAAUGCUGGCGCCGGGUAUGGCAGCUACGGGUAUGGAGGCAACUCGGCGACCGCUGGCUACAGUGACUUUUUCACAGACUGCUACGGCUAUCAUGAUUUUGGGUCUUCCUAGAGCAUCUAAAAGUAUUGCACACAAAAUCAACUUUUUACUCCAAUUUUCUCGAACUCCAAAACCCAAAGUGUCCGUGCUGUGCCCUGUGCUUCACUGGGUUUCUCAACCGUGGCUUGUCACCGCAGCUUGUCUGAAACUCUUAGCCUGCAGAAUUUAAGACAAUGGCAGUUUUUAUCGUGAUUUGCCUUUGAACUUGGUCAUAUUGAAGUUCACAAUAAGUGGAAAACAAUUUUCAGAGAAUGUGUUUUUUGUGCAGAAUUGCACAGAAUUCUAGAGCCAGCGUUGGUCAGCAUCAAGGCAAAAGCCCACCUUUGCUUUUUAUGGAAAGCAUUACUUUAUUUAAGAGACAGAUAAUAAUGCAUUUUAAUCUACCUUUGUCUUAAUUUACAGCAGGUUUUGUAUGAAUUUUUAACCUUUUAACAAAUUCCCAAAUCUGGUUGAUGCCUUUGACAGUAACGAUUUCACCACAUCUGAAUCCAGAGCAACUGGCCUUUUUUCUGUUGUUUUUUUCAUAAGCAUGUGAAACGUUGGGAACGUUGGGGAAUUGUAUAUUGUGCUAAGUUAACCUCUUCCACCUUUUGUAAAUGCUCUGGUGGGUUCUUGUUCCGGGAUGCAAUGUUCUGUGGCUGCUUUAGCUAGAGGUGAACUCUCAAAGGUAUCAAAACUGUGCUUCCACUAUUAGUGCAAGAAACAGACAGGCUUUAAGGAAGAGAGAACGUGGAAUUUUGCAAGUCGUAAUCACACCUGCAAAUGCAUGGGAUUCUAGAGGUUUUUUUUCCAUUUUUCUUUUCUUUUCUUUUCUUUUCUUUUUUUUUUUUUUUUUUUAAUGGGGCUUUAAAAAUAAGCAGGAAGAGCUUAAUACAUAGCACAAUUCUCCAGUGAAGAGCCAAGCCUCAGCAGGGCCUGUGCUGCUGGGCGCACAUCCACGGCAGAUUCCAGAAGGCCCGGAAAGCUUCUGCCCUCUCACCUUAGGGUGCAGGCAUGAGCUUGUGUGGCUUCUCCCUUGUGCGCAGAGGCACACAGAGGCGUUUUGGCUCUUGAAUGAGACCCCCGUCUCUUGGCGGGAGUCCUUCUUGGGAAUGAGUGUAGUUUUGGCUCUGGUCAGCAGGUUUUUUUGCAGCAAGGCCUGCCUCUGCGUUGACUUGCAAAAUUUUGCGUUUAUUCAGUCAGGCAAAAAAUUGGUCAAAACGGUUAUUACAUAAUUUGUUCCCAGGGGUUUGAAACAUUCAGUGAAACUUUUUAAAACUUUGAUUGCAUGAUGUAUUUUUUUUUCCUAGAAAGUUAUUGUUUGAGAAUAAUGUCUUUUUAUACCAGGAAAUAGUUAUCCUGAAAUGACGUUGAAAAUUUCCCCUCCCCUUUAUUAUUAUUAUUAUUUUUUUUUAAUCAAUACAUGUUAAAGUAACAAGCCCUCA